GCUCUCCACCAGUGGUUAACAUGUCUAUGGACUAUCAGAGCUCUGAUCACGGCGGGCUUUACAUAUCAGUACAUGCGGAAGAAAUACCGCGGAGAACUCAAAACACAUAAUCGAGCAGAAGUUACAGGCGGUGCCAAUGUCAUUGUCCAGACAGGCGAAAGCUCUUCAGUCAACUUAACCCUUCCGGAGAAUGCUUUGGGCAGUGGAAAUGGCACGAGGCGUACUGAUGACGAGGAUCUGCUAGUUCGGGUAGUGGACGGCAGUAGGGCAGUAGAUAUCUAUGACAGACCCGGAGCACUACAGCUAGCCAACGACUUUCUUUCUGCAGUUCCUGGUGCCAAUGUCUUGUACAGAUCUCCUGGUUCUAUUGUAUCAGUGUACAAAUCCCAGAAAAUCGUCAUUAUCGUCGAACAACUGCGGGAGCUUGGAGAGCAAGGUCAAUGGAGACUGUUCAACCACCUGGCGAAGUUCUGGAUGAAGAUGACGACAGAUGAAAAUGAAAAGAUUAUGAUACUCUUAGAGGUAGUCGUCGCUGCCUACUUCCAAGACCGCCUGGACCUUGCACUUAGAAAACUCCAAAAAGCAACGGAACUUUACGUAACGACCGCAAAUCCAUCCCUACAUCUCUUGAAAAUUCUCUACCUCAAAGCGGCUGUCGAGAGAAAGGCAGGGAAUUAUGAUGAAGCUGAGAGGACCAUUCAUGACGCAGAGAAGAUGGCAACGUUCCUAACUCCCGGGCUAGAAUCUGCUGGCGUCUUCUACAACCGGGCAACACUGAUUGCACAACAGAUCAACGAGAGUGAGGUCCCAGAUGAGAAAUUAUUUGAACGUGCCAGGGAUAACUUCAUCCGCGCCAUCUCAGAUUACAAAGCAGAGAGAACAUUUUGCCUAACCAGCCACAGCAAACUCGGCAAAGCAUACGUCAGACUCAGUAUGCUGUUGUUAGACAUACGGAACAAAUCGGAGGAUCAGCUGAGGCCUGUGGCAAGCGACGCCUUGCGGACGGCCACGAACUGCCUCCAAGAGGUGGAAGGAAAGAUGUGGGAGGGAAUUACCAGUCGAACAAGGUGUUACUGGUACCUGGCCAAGUCUGACCUGGCUUUGCGGAGACGUCAUAUCCAAGACGCCGAGGAUCACGCCAAGACAGCCAUGGAGAUCGCUAAACAGUCUCCCUUUCCGUCCGAGGUUUCUCUGGCACAGUCCAGAUUAGAUAUGUUAAAACGAGAUGGGUAGAGCUUCGAACAAAUCUGCCGUCUUUGUGAAUAUCCAUGCCCAUGAAAACACUCAUUAUGGUGUUAACGAUGGUACAAAAACAGCUUAACUUAUUUCCUGAAGUUGUAGUGCUAUGGUAAAAUAAAAUGCGUCUUAAGCACGUAGGCAUGUAUUCUAAGAUAGUCGACGUUUUCGCAAUAACUUCACGGAAAAAAAGAGAUACGUGUACUCGUGGAAUUGCCAGUCAGACAUUUGACAAAACGUUACCUGUGGAUGCUUCUCUGCGACAGUACCUAAAGUCAAACAAUACCCAAAGUAGCCUCCGCUGGUGACGUCAAUCUGUUCCGACAGUCAAUGGGGUGAGAAGACAAACAGCAGAUACACAACACAGCUGGCCUAACGCUACUAACUUCUCUAUAAAUAGCACAAUCUGUCGUCUGGGCCCUCUGAGCUAGACAAAUCCCCCUCCAGACCGCAGCUGUUCCGUCUCCACACGGGUGAUAAGCUGAAACAGCUAAGCUUAUGACGUCAAACUUCGAGAGCUCACAAUCUCAGAGUCAGACUUUCU